GGACUUUCGAAUCCUCCCCCGCCUUUCUUUUCUUCCUCCCUGACAACCCAAAAUUACCAGGAAAUCUCAAUUCAAUUCUAAUUCUAAUCAAACUUUACAAAUCCAUCACAAAUCUUUGAUUCACAAACUAAAAAUCUGCAGAAAUUUGCUCGAAUAUUCGAUCUUUUUGAAUGAUUAAUCUUCAUCGUAUUUUCCCUUUCUCCAUUGAUAUGGUUGCUUGGAGAGGGUUCAUCUUCACCAUUUUUAUCCUCAACUUUGUUCUUGCUUGUCACCUUCUUCUUCUUCAACCUCUUGUUUCUGCUUCAGAUGGAACUCCUGUGAAAGCAAAUGAUUUACUGCAAAAGGCUGAACAAAGUAUAAAAGUGAAACAUUAUAGUGAGGCACUUGAGGAUCUUAAUGCUGCUAUUGAGGCAGAUCCAACACUCUCGGAGGCAUAUUCACGACGGGCAAAUAUCCUUCGUCAGCUGUGCAGGUAUGAAGAAUCAGAGGUCAAUUAUAAUAAGUAUCUAGAACUCAAGUCUGGAAAUGCAGCUGCUGAAAAGGAGCUUUCUCAGUUGCAUCAAGCUCGAAGUGCUCUGGAAACAGCUUCUGGUCUGUAUGAUUCAGGAGAUCUUAAGAAAGCAUUGGAGUAUGUUGACAAAGUUGUGCUUGUUUUCUCUCCUGCAUGCUCAAAGGCUAAACUUCUGAAGGUAAAAUUGUUGUUGGCAUCACAAGAUUAUUCAGGUGCUAUCGCUGAGACUGGUUAUAUUCUCAAAGAAGAUGAGAACAACCUUGACGCUUUGUUGGUUAGAGGUCGUGCCUAUUACUAUUUAGCAGAUCAUGAUGUGGCCAUGAGACAUUACCAAAAAGGACUUCGCCUAGAUCCAGAGCAUAGCGAACUGAAGAAAGCAUAUUUUGGAUUGAAAAAGUUGCAGAAGAAGACAGAGAGUGCAGAAACAAAUGUAGAGAAAGGUAAAUUGCGUCUUGCAGUGGAGGACUAUAAAGCAGCUCUUGCUCUAGACCCAGUUCAUAUUGCACAUAAUGUGCAUCUUCAUCUUGGUUUGUGUAAGGUGUUGGUGAAACUGGGUAGAGGUAAAGAUGCUGUGAAUAGCUGCACGGUAGUCUUAAACAUUGAUGAAGAGCUUGUUGAGGCUUUGGUACAGAGGGGUGAAGCAAAACUUUUGGUGGAAGAUUGGGAAGGGGCAGUGGAAGAUCUUAAAAAUGCAGCUCAAAAAUCCCAGGACAGGAGCAUCAGAGAAGCACUAGUGAGAGCUGAGAAUGCCCUAAAGUUGAGCAAACGAAAAGACUGGUACAAAAUUUUGGGUGUCUCUAAAACUGCAUCUGUUGCAGAGAUUAAACGUGCCUAUAAGAAACUUGCUUUACAGUGGCAUCCAGAUAAGAAUUCUGAAAAUAGAGAAGAAGCUGAGAACAAAUUUCGAGAAAUUGCGGCUGCAUACGAGGUUCUAGGGGAUGAAGAAAAACGUGUAAGAUAUGACAGAGGAGAGGAUGAAGAAGGCAUGGGAAUGGGCGGCGGUGGUUAUGGAUUUGGUGGAUUUGAUCCUUUUGGUGGUGGUGGUGGAGGACAGCAGUAUACAUUUCAUUUCGAAGGAGGCUUUCCUGGUGGUGACUUUGGAGGAUUUCAUGUCUAAGGUGCUAUGCUGUUGCCUGUGGAUCUUUUCUGCAUUAUUGAAGUCAGAAUUAAGCUCAACAGUGCAACCUGAUUAUUUUUUUUCACUAACACCUGAUUGGUAUCUAUCAAAUCCUCAGCCUCCACUGAAUCAUUAUUGGUCGAAAAGAAGCUUCAUCCAAAACUUGAUCAAUCCCUUUUCCCAAGAAUAGGCCUUUUCCUUGCUGCAUAUCAGUGUUAUGUAAUCUAAUUGUAAUCUAUCUUUUUUGGGUCAACAUAGUGAUGAGAAAAUAAAAUUGGGGAGAUGCAUAUGCUUUAGUCUUUAGAUGAGGUUUGAGGGUAACAAAUGUAUUGCCUUAGGUUCCUGUUUGGUGACGUAAUGAAGGUUGACACGGGCUUUAUACUUCUAUUGUUAUGUGAGACAUGAAAUAGAAUCAAAUUUUGUUUUGGUAGCGUACCAUUCA